AUGACGGUGACUUUACAAAUUUUGUAUGUAAUCGAUCUGGAUGCAGCUCGACAAGUUUUAAGAGCUUACAUGUCAUUGGAUAUCAUCUGGCAAGAUAUCCGUCUUGCUUGGGAUCCGGAAGAAUUUGAUGGAAUCCCUUCAAUGACUGUCCAAUGUGAUUCACUCUGGAUCCCUGAAGAUUUUAUGAUGAAUAUCAUUGCAAUCGACGAGAUUCAUCCCGAUCGCUUUAAACAAUGCAAAUUCUAUUCAAAUGGCACCGUGAAAUUUGAAGAAUCUUAUAAUGCGGAUAUACAAUGCAGCGUUAAUGUAGCGAAUUUUCCAUUUGACACACAAGAAUGUAAUAUUCAAUUCGCGACUCCAUCCUAUGAAUGGUAUCAAGUGAAUCCAAGAGGGAAACUCUUCACAAAAUAUGGACCUGGACCUACAUCAGCGGUAGGAAACGGCGAAUUCCUCGUCAAAAAUGUGACAAUGCAAGAGUUCCCUCUCAAUGGAAAUGUCUCCAAUGACGACAUUGUAUUAGUAAUAUACUUUAUCACAAUCAAGCGAGAACCAAGCUUCUACAUUUAUGUGAUAACAAUGCCUUGCUUCCUUCUAACAUUUCUAUCAAUUGUGGGCUGUUUUUGGACAACAAAUGUGGAAGAAAGGCAAUUGGAAAAGUUGGCCAUUGCCCUGACAAGUAUGAUGUCGAUGACAACUUUUGUUGAUAUGGUUUCUCAACAAAUGCCAAAGACCAACCACUUCCCAUUAUUAGGCACUUUUGUCCUCAUCUGUGUUUUCAUCACUUCAGCUGCUUGUGUCGUUGUUGUUAGUAUGACAGAAGAAUAUCCGGUUCUCGGGAAAACGAAAACAUCGGAUCUUAUAAUGCGGAUAUACAAUGCACUAUCAAUG